UAUCAGUGUUGUCAUCAAUAUAAUAUUUCAAAACAAAUUGGUAGUGGAACGCAUCUUUAAAGAAUAAUGUCGAUUGUCGAUAUGAAAUUGAAUAUGGCGGACAAAAAUAACAAGGGCGCUAAAAGAUUAUUUUCGUUAUUCGUUGUAAUCUCAAGUCAGUGAUUAUUUUAAACCAAUUUUUAGUGAUUUAUAUAGUAUUUAUUGUAUAAAAAUAGUGAAUGUCAAACAUAGAAAAUGACAAAUAUAAAGGUUAAUUUCGAGAUCGGUCAUGAGGCUUCUUUAAAAUCUAAGAAAACUCCCGAAGGGUUCACUCAUGACUGGGAAGUCUUCGUCCGUGGCCAGGAAGGUGCUGAUAUAAGUCAUUUUGUUGAGAAAGUAGUUUUCUAUCUUCAUGAAACUUUCCCGAAACCAAAGCGAGUUGUGAAGGAGCCACCGUUUUCCAUAAAGGAGUCGGGCUAUGCUGGUUUCGUGUUUCCAAUAGAAAUAUACUUAAAAAGCAAGGACGAACCCAAGAAAAUUCAAUUCACAUAUGAUUUAACUUUACAGCAAUGUGGAUUUUUAAAAGAUAGGUAUGUGUUUCAAAAUCCAAGUGAGGAAUUCAGAAGAAAACUUUUAAAAGGUGGAGGGAUUCCCGUAAGUAACAGUUCUUUUUAUACAAACCCCGAACAGGAAAGUAGAAGUCGAGAUUCAUUCACCGAUGAGAAACCACAACUUGUUAGCAAACCAAAAUUAUCUUCAGAUAAUAUAAAGAAACAUAAAGUAAAAGAGUACAAAGAUGAACAGCCGCAUAAAAACAUUUGUUUUGAAAAUUUGUUUGGACCACCUAUACAGAAACCACCGAAAGUUUCCCCAGAUCCCAAGAAACUGGAGAAAAGUUCUCUAUCUGCUAAGUCUGAUAAGAAAGACAAAGAUAGGUCUGGCUCAGAUAAGAAAUCGAAACAUGAUCACAAAGAAAGCAAACAGGAUAAGGUUAAAAUUAAAGAAGAGAAGAGCAAGCAGAAGGGAGAAAAAGUAAAGAAUCACAAUAAAGAACAGGAUAGGGUUAAAGAAAAAACAGCUAAACGGCAAAAUGAGAGACCCCCUUCCCCUGAACCAGCCAAGAAAAGAUGUCCAAGUCCUAAUAGAAAGCUGCCAAGUCCAAUGCCUAGAUCAAGUAGUGCCUCUAGCAUAAAAGAAGAAUACAAACCAAAACAUAAUUCUGAAAAUUUUGAACACAGAAAAUCUAAACUUGAUGACAGAAUACCAGAUAUAAAAGUAGAGAAAGAUGUAAAGGAGAAAAAGAAGAAAGAGAAAAAGAGUCAUGAUAGAGAUAAAGAAAGAAAAGAAAAGAAGGAGCACAAAAAAGAUAGUCAUAAGUCAAAAGAAGAUAAGGAACCAAUAAAGGAAAUACCUAAAGAAAUAGUCAAAUCAAGAGAAGUUGUCAAGGAGAAAGAAGUUAUAAAAGAUUCUCCUGUGAAAGAAAAACAAAUAAAACCUGAAAAGACAGUGAAUAAGUUUUCUAUAGAAAAUUUAAGGAAGACACCUCCACCAGAAAAUGUUGACAGGCAUGAUAAUCACAAAUCAAAGGACAAAGGAGACUCUGAGAGAAAACAUAAACACAAGAAAAAAGAUAAAAAGAGAGACGAGUCGAAAGAAAAGCACAAAGAAUCUAGCAAAGAGAAAAGGCAUAAACAUGAAAAAGUGCGGGAAAUACCUCAAGAGAAACCUGAGGUUAUUGAACUUAGAGAAACACCAAUUCCAAAGGAACGUCCAAUGCCUGAACCAGCCUCACCUAUAUCUAUAGACACGGCAUCUCAAUGUAGUUCUAAGAGUGGUAUAAAUAAACCUAUACAUAUAGUGGACGAUGCGAACAGCAGUCAUUCGGACUCGGAAGGAUCAAUAAUAGCUGAUGAAGAAGAUGUUAAAGUUAAAAUCGAAAACCAUUCUCCAGAACCUAUUAAAAGAGAACCUUCUCCGGAACCAGAACCCGAACCUGAACCGGAACCGGAAAUUGAACCUGAACCGGAGCCAGUAGUGGAACUUCCGCCAGUCCAGAAAGAAAAGUCUAAAAAACAUAAAGACAAAUCAAAAAAAGAAGAGAAGAGAAGAAAGAGAAAAGCAGCUGAGGAGGAAGACGCUGAAAGUAGAAGAGUUGCUAAAGCUGCGGCGACUGCUGACUCAGGACCUUCGAAUAAUGAAAAUGAUCAUGGAGAAAGCAGUGGUUCAACGUCCAUGGAAACCAAAGUUCAGGAUAAUGGUGUAUCAAGUAGCUUAGGAGAAGACGCAGAACCUGGGGAUCUCUCACCGGACUACAUGGUACAACUCAGAGGUCUCCAGCAGAGAAUUAUGAUGAUAAAGAACAAUGAAGAUCUGGAAAGGGUUGUGAAUCUUAUUGCGGAGACUGGGCGGUAUGAAGUAACUACACAGACGUUUGACUUUGAUCUGUGUUUGUUAGAUCGAUCGACGGUUCAGCAACUGAUACAGCUCGUGGGUUGCUAGCCACAGAUUGACCCUUAUAGACUAGGUGUAAAUAUCACAUUAAUAUAUUAUGCACUAAGGCAGUUUGACAGCUAACAUUACUUCAUCUGCCUCAAGCUUUAGGCAGAUAUGUUUUAAAUAUUUGGCUAUUUUGCUGAUAUUGGAUAGUGACUUGGAAAUUUUGCAUGUAGUAAUAUUUGUAAGAGUGAAAAGAAAAAUAAUCUCAAAUGACUACUAUCAAAAUGUAUGUUAACUUUAUAUUUUAAUGAAGUUGUAAGUGCAAUAUUGUAUAGGUAUAUAAAGUUAUAAGACUGUUGAAAGAUUGUUAAAUGUAUUGUAUAUUUUGUACAUUAUAUUGUAUUGAUUUAUUAUAACAUAAGUUAAUUAUUUGAGAGUUUUUAAUUAACCUCCCAUGUCAAAGGGACUGAGAGAGGCUAUGUUAAUGAAUUGUACGAAACACACUAGUUAUAUACUUUUGACACAACAAAAAUCUUUUUACAAAGUAGUGAUACUUAUUUUGCACUUAUUUUAUUGUUUUAUGUUAUCCAGUAGAGUGAAAUAUUCCAACGAGCUGCAUAAUAAUAUGUUUAAGAUUGUUAACAUUCAAUAGAGAGAUUGCGAGUAGAAUUACACUUUAUAUUAGUGGUCCAUUUUAAAAACAUCCUUGUGAGUAUGUAAAUUACGUUUGUUAUAUAACUUAUUUUUUUUUUUUAAUUUAUCGCUUAUUUUAGGUAUAUAUUUAUAAUAAAUAGAGUGUAUAUUAUUUUUUUGUUUACAUAUUUUAAUAUAACCUUUUAGAUAACCACAGCAGUUGAUUUUGUGUAAUGGUGGUAUGAAUGCAUUUAUAGGAUUCAUUUUAGAAUAUUUUUCAUACGAUCUUUAGCACAAGUUCGGUGUAUUCCGUAAAUAUUAAUUCCUUUCCGUUUAGUUUUGUUUUGAGGAAAAUAAAUUUCUCUGAUUAAAUCUUAAUAAAAUAAUUAUUAUAAAAAUCCUUUCAAAAUCCGUCCAAUCUUUUUGGCAAUAAGCAGAACAGAAAACAUUUUUAUAAACACAAAUUUUAUAUUGACAUCACAAACAGUUAAAUUGUAUUUUUAUAUGUAGAUUAUAUAUGGAAGAGGAUUAAGGCUGUGUGACUUUUGCUGCCAGUAAUGUGACAUGUCACACAACUCUCUCAAACAACAAGUGAUGUCAUUUUUGUUGUUUGAUAAACAUGAAUUAAUAAAACGGAUAUUCCAUAUGUUUUGCAAUAGCUACUGUAUCUGUAAACAUUUCUUCCUUAAGUAAAUACAUAAAUAAAUAUAUUUUAAUCCAA